AUGUCACAUGAAUAUGAAUAUCAGCAACCACAGAGACAUCUGUUGCAAUGCAACUACAUCAUCACAAAAAUUUACAACAAUUUCUGCGAAAACUACAUCAACAACAUCUCCCACAACUACAUCAACGUCUCCAACAACUCCAACACCUACGUCAACAAUGUCUCCAACAACUCCGACGACAUCAGCAACGUCUCCAACUCCUACAACUUCUACAACAAGGUCUCGAACACCUUCCUCAACAGCUUCUCCAACAAUGUCCCCAACAACGUCUCCAACAACUCCAAUAAUGUCUCUAACAACUUCUCCUACAAGUCCAACAACUACAACUUCAUCGACAACAACAUCUCCAACAACUUCACCAGCUCAAACAACAUUGUCAACUCCAACAUCUACAUCAACAACAUCGAAGACAACUCCACCAACUACAGCAACGUCUCCAACAACUGCAACAACUUCUCCAACAACAUCACCAACGUCACCCACAACUUCUCUGCUCCAACAACUCCAACAAUGUCGCCAAUAACGUCUCCAUCUCGAACAACUCCAAUAACGUCUCGAACAACUUCUCCUACAAGUCCAACAACUACAUCUACAACGUCUCCAACAACUACAACUUUGUCGCCAACAACGUCUCAACCAACUUCAUCAGCUGAAGCAACAACAUCGUCAACUCCACCAUCUACAUCAACAACGUCUCCUACAACUCCAACAACUACAUCAGCAUCUCCAACAACUGCAACAACUUCUCCAUCGACAUCUCCAACAACAACAUCAGCUAAAACAGUACCGUCAACUCCAACACCUACGUCAACAACAUCUCCAACAACUUCAUCAGCUGAAUCAACAACAUCGUCAUCUCCAACAACUACCUCAACAAUGUCUCCAACAACUACAUCAAUGUCUCCGACAACUCCUACAACUUCUCCAACAACUCCAACAACUUCUCCAAUGUCUCCCAAUACUUCUGCGACAACCACAUCAGAUGAAACAACAACUUCAACUCCAACAACUACAUCAACGUCUCCAACAACUCCAACAACUUCUGCAACAACUCCUACAACUUCUCCCACAAAUUCUCCAACAACCCCAUCACAUGAAACAACUUCAACUCCAACAAUUACAUCAGCGUCUCCAACAACUGCAACAACUUCUCCACCAAUGUCUCGAACAGCAACAUCAGCAGACACAACAUCGUCAACUCUAUCAACUUCAUCAACAACGUCUCCAACAACUGCAACAGCUUCUCCAACAAAUCCAACAAUGUCUCCAACAACUUCUCCAACAACUGCAACAACUGUCUCGAGCAACUUCCUCUACAGGUUCUCCAACAAUGUCCCCAACAACGUCUCCAACAACUUCACCCAGCUGAAACAACAUUCGUCUCCAACAACUCCAACAACUUCUGCAACAACUCCUACAACGUCUCCCACAAAUUCUGCAACAACCCCAUCACAUGAAACAACAUCAACUCCAACAACUACAUCAACGUCUCCAACAACUGCAACAGCUUCUCAAACAACUCCAACAAUCAACUGCAUUAACAUCGUCUCCAACAACUUCUCCAACGUCUCCAACUACAACAUCAGCGGACACAACAACAUCGUCAACUCUAUCAAUUUCAUCAUCAACGUCUCCAACAACUGCAACAGCUUCUCCAACAACUUCUCCUACAAGUCCAACAACUACAACUUCAUCGCCAACAAUCUAAAACACCUACGUCAACAACAUCUCCAACAACUUCAUCAGCUGAAUCAACAACAUCCUUCUCCAACAAAUCCAACAAUCAACGUCUCCAACAACUCCUACAACAACUCCAACAACGUCUCUAACAACUUCUCCUACAAGUCCAACAGCUACAACGGACACAACAUCGUCAACUCCAUCAACUGCAUCAAUGACGUCUCCAAAAUCUUCAACAACUCCAACAACGUCGCCAACAACGUCUCCCACAACUUCUGCAACAACUGCAUCAGCUUCUCCAACAACUCCAACAAUGUCUCCAGGAACUUCUCCAACAACAAUGCCAACAACUACAUCAACAACAUCUCCUACGUCUUCAACAACUUCUCCUACAAUUCCAAGAACUCCAUCAACGUCUCCAAUUGCAUCAACAAUGUCUCCAACAACUCCAUCAACUACAUCAACCAACUUCAACAACUACAUCCACGUCUCCUACAACUCCAACAACUACAUCAACAUCUCCACCAACUCCAACAACUACAUCAGCAACGCGUGCAACACCUUCUCUUCCAACUCCAGCAACUACGUCAACAACUUCUCCAACAUUUCCAAGAACUCCAACGACGUCUCCAACAACUUCUACAACAGAGUCUCCAACAUCUCCAACAACGUCUCCAACAAUUACAUCUCAACGUCUCCAACAACUCCAACAACUACAUCAACUUCAUUGCCAAGAACUUCUCCAACAACUUCUGCUACAACUCCAACGACAUCAACAACAUCAACAAUGUCUCCUACGUCUCCAACAACUUCUCCUACAACUUCAACAACUACAUCGUCUCUUACGUCUCCAACAACUUCUCCCACAACUCGAAGAACUAUGUCAACAAUGUUUCCUAUAACGUCUCCUACAACUUCUCCUACAACUCCAAGAACUACAUCAACAACGUCUCGAACAACUCCAUCUCCUACAUCAACAACGUCUCCAACAACUCUAACACCUACAUCAACAAUGUCUUCAAUAACUCCAACAACGACAUUAACAACGUCUCCUACAACGUCUCGAACAACUCCAUCACCUACAUCAACAACGUCUUCAACAACUCUAACACCUAUAUCAACUACGUCUCCAACAUCUCCAACAACUACAUUAACAACGUCUCCUACAACGUCUCUAACAACUUCUCCUACAACUCCAACAACUACAUCAACGUCUCCUACAACGUCUCAAACAACGUCUCCUACACCUCCAAGAACUACAUCAACAACGUCUCCACCAACUCCAACAACUACAUCAGCAACAUCUCCAACAACCACAUCGUCGCCAACAACUACAUCAACAAUGUCUCCAACGUCUCCAACAACUCCAACUACAUUAACGUCUCCUACAACGUCUCCAACAACUUCUCCUACAAGUCUAACAACUACAUCAACAACUUCUCCAACAACUUUUCCUACAACUCCAACAACUUCGUCAAGGUCUACAACAACAUCUCCAACAACUGCAUCAAGGUCACCAACAACGUCUCCAACAAUUACAUUAGUUUCAACAUCUACAUCAUCCCGAACAACUUCUCUCAUGACGUCAUCCCCAGCAACUACAACAGCUUCGGCAACUGCAGUUGCUGCAACAACAACACCCGCCUCUACAACGACAGCAACCUCUCCUUCAACUAUGUUGGCCCAGAAAACUACAGCCUCCGUUCUGACAACGAGCUCAGCUGCAACCACUGCAACUGUUGCAUCAACGAGCUCAUCGACGCCUGUGGUUGCCACGCCGACGACCCCGGCCUCGGUCAGAGUGACAUUCCGUGUCACCUUCAGGUCGAUUGA